UGGUCCCUGUCAUGGCGUCCGCUGGAACACCGACGCCGGCACCGACGGAGGGAGCCCCUGAAAAUCAGCGGGUUCAGUCGGCGACAGGAGCCCUGGUGGAGCUCUCCCCGACCCCUGGUGGCCUGGCCCUGGUGAGCCCCUACCACACUCACCGGGCCGGGGACCCCUUAGACCUCGUGGCGCUCGCCCAGCAAGUGCAGAAGGCUGACGAAUUCAUCCGAGCAAAUGCCACCAAUAAGCUAACCGUCAUAGCUGAGCAAAUCCAGCAUCUGCAAGAACAAGCCAGGAAGAUCCUCGAAGAUGCUCACCGGGAUGCCGACUUGCACCACAUCGCUUGUAAUAUUGUGAAAAAACCGGGCAACAUUUACUACCUUUAUAGACGAGAGAGUGGUCAACAGUAUUUUUCCAUCAUUUCUCCAAAGGAAUGGGGGACAAGUUGUCCACACGACUUCCUUGGUGCCUACAAGCUACAGCAUGACUUGUCCUGGACUCCGUUUGAGGACAUUGAGAAGCAAGAUGCUAAGAUCGGCAUGAUGGACAACUUGUUAGGCCAACCAAUGGCCCUGCCUCCGUGCACUGACCCCAGUUUGCAGGGACUGACUCAUUGAGUGGGACCUCUCAGGGCAAGGGAUGGACUGCCUUCUUGUUGCCCCCCCAUCUCUGCUUUGGCAGAGAAUUGAAGGGAUGAAGGUGAGUCACGGAACUCGGAAGGAGACUGUGUUCCUGUAAAUGCUGUCAUUCCUGCUGUUAGCUGGGAUGGUAAUGAAUUGCCUUGCUGUGUUUUGGGAUCCUCCCAGCCAUUCCAUCCAUUGGUUUCAGGGUAUUGGCCAUUGUCCUUUCUCCCUCCUUCAGCACCUUCUGUCCAUCCCUUAAAUCAGAACCUUGAAGAAAGAAGUGCAUUCUUCCCACAAAAAGAUGGAGUCUUUUAUUUUCCAGAGAGGACCAUUGCAGUCUCUUUGUGGCUAGAAGUGUUGAAGACUGGGACUGUGCUUAUUUGACAGCUGUCUGUAUAACAUGGUGCUGUAGUUGUUACGUGUUGGGCUGCUAACCACAAGGUCAGCAGUUCAAAACCACUAGCUGCUCCAUGGGAGAAAGGUGGGGCUUUC